GAAGAAGAAGAAGAAGAAGAAGAAGAAGGUAGAGGUUACAAACACCGGUGGUAAUCAGCAAGCAUUUUGUUCUAGUCCUGCAAGUUUUGAUUCAUGCUGUGUCGUAAAAAACGGUUUUACAAUGUGGAUGAACAGAAAGACUGGCGGAGCUUUCCUGAAAACCCUCGACCAUGUUCUGAAUGUGCUGAAGUUCAACACCAGUGUCUGGAUCCGUAGAGCCGAGCCUCCUAGGCCGGCCUGGAGGCUCCUGUUCUUUGGCACUGACCACUUCGCCGUGGAGUCUCUCAGACUGCUGACCUUCUGCAGGAAUAGAAAGGAAGGCGUCGUGGAGAAGCUGGAGGUUGUUACAUUGCCUGGUGAUCUUCCUGUGAAGAGAUUUGCUCAACAGAACCAGCUGACACUCCACAACUGGCCCCCUCAUGAUGUGGAGGGACAGUAUGAUGUCGGAGUGGUUGUGUCUUUUGGCCGUUUACUCCAUGCUGGACUUAUUGACAAGUUUCCCUUGUUUGACAUUGGGCCCAUUCUAAACCAGGAGCUCUAUCAAGUUCCGGAAAACUGUACAGCUGAUGAACUUGGAGCUUUCCUUGCGAUCAAAGGAGCACACCUUUUGAUUGAUACGUUAAUGAAGCUUCCUGAAAAAAUCGCAAAUAAACGGGAGCAAGGAACAAUGGGUGUAACAUUUGCCCCAAAAAUCAAUACAUCAAUGAGCUGGAUUGAUUGGGAAGAACAGACCUGUGACCAGAUCACUUGUUUAAGUCGUGCCAUUGGAUCCCGAAUACCUUUGAGGACUAUGUGGAUGGGGAAAACUAUAAAGCUUUUGGAUUUUAUUGGAAAAUGUCAUACUUCAGAUCAAAGGAAUCAGAACCCUGGAUCAGUAUACUAUGAUAAGGAUUCGAAUGCAUUGGCUGUCCGUUGUAAGAGUGUCGCUCAGGUCGUCAAGUCAAGAGAGACAAGGACGUUGCAUAGCUAAAUUCAAGAUGACGAGUG